GACGAUCGAAAAAUGGCGCCUCCGGGGCCGGUUUGAACCGUGCACCGUCGGUGAACGAGCACCGCGCAACUCGGGUCUUCCGAAUGGCGUUUCCCGUGACCCCGAAGCUGGGAUCCCAGCUCGUGAAAUUGUCUCGGAGUUUCCAUUGCAGUACCAUGAAACUUGCUGGAAGUAAAUGGAGAAUAAAGCACGGUUUCCCUGUAAAUCCAUCAGAUCACAGUCCGACCACUGACUUACCAGAUUGGUCUUUUGCUGAUGGCAGGCCGGCCCCUCCCAUGUCAGGCCAAGUCCGAAGACAGGAAAAAAACCGGGAGAUGGUGAGGCGCAUAGCCCAGCUCUCGUCAGAACUAGACCACGGAAUGGAAAAGUGGGAAACUAAAAUGGAAAAACAGAAACAAGACCAAGAAGAGAAGCGACGCAAGAGACUUCAGCCGAAAGGAGACUCCCUCCAGCAGCUCCCGAAAUAAUGGCUCUUUCUUCCUUUGUAAUUUGAUAAAUCUAUGUAUAUUAAAUCUAUCUAGGUAUAAAAUCUA